AUGAAAACUGUUAAACAGAAUGUCCUUGAUGGAACAUCGAAAUGGUCAGCGAAAUUGAUAAUUACUGUGAUAAGUGCUCAAGGUUUAAUAGCGAAAGAUAAAACUGGAACAUCGGACCCGUAUGUCACUGUUCAAGUCAGCAAUGUGAAAAAACGAACAAAAACAGUUUAUUCAGAAUUAAAUCCAACUUGGAAUGAAAAAUUCGUUUUUGAAUGUCAUAAUUCAUAUGAUCGAAUAAAAGUUCGAGUUUGGGAUGAAGAUGAUGAUAUUCAAGCAAAAUUAAUGCAAAAAUUAACUCAUGAAUCCGAUGAUUUUCUUGGCCAAACGAUUAUUGAAGUUCGAACAUUAUCAGGCGAAAUGGAUAUUUGGUAUAAUUUAGAAAAACGAACGGAUAAAUCAACUGUUUCUGGUGCUAUACAUCUUCAUAUAUCCGUAGAAAUUAAAGGAGAAGAAAAAGUCGCUUCAUAUCGUGCACAAUAUUCUUGCUUACAUGAGAAUCUAUUUUAUACACUGUGUGAAAAUAAUAAUGGCCAACCGAUUAUUCCUGAUGCUAAAGGAGAUGACGCUUGGAAAGUGUGUUUUGAUGAACCUUCACAAGAAAUUGUCAAAGAAUUUGCAAUACGUUAUGGAAUUGAAUCGAUUUAUCAAACAAUGACUCAUUUUGCCUGUCUAUCAACGAAAUAUAUGUGUUCUGGUGUACCUGCUGUAAUGAGUACACUUUUAGCAAAUAUCAACGCUCAAUAUGCACGUACAAUGGCAACAACAGCUACCAAUCAAUUUUUUACUUCCAAUUUUGGAAAAGAUAAAUUUAUCAAAUUACUUGAUCAAUUACACAAUUCAAUUCGUAUUGAUUUAUCGAUGUUUCGAAAUAAUUUUCCAUCAUCAAGUAUCGAUCGAAUGCAAGAUCUCAAAUCUACAGUUGAUCUUCUUACAUCGAUUACAUUCUUUUACAUGAAGGUUCAAGGAUUAAGUUCUCCUCCACGUGCAUCGACAGUGGUUAAAGAUUGUGUGAAAAAUUGUAUAAUUUAUACAUAUAAUUUUCUCUUUGCUAAUUGUGAUGAAGUUUAUAAACGUGAAUCGAAACAACAAACAAAUCCAUUAGAAAAUCAUCAUGAACUGAAUGAUGAUGGAACGCAAAUAUCAUCAAUAGACAAAACAACAACUCAUAGCGUUGAAUCAAAUCUGAAAAGUUUACAGUUUUGGCAUAAAUUAAUAUAUUUAUUAAAAUGUAUCAUUUCGGAAGAUCGAAAACGAUAUAGUUUAGUCUUGAAUCAAUUUCCAUCAGAAUUAAAUGUUGGUCAUAUCAGUGCUGAUACCUUAUGGAACCUUUUAUCAGCUGAUCUGAAAGAUGAGCUUCAAAAACAUGAUCGAAUUCCAGCUAAACGUUCUGCUAUGAAAGGUGAUGAUUAUAUGAGGCUUCAUUUUACGGUUAAAGAAUUCUAUGACACAUCGGUGAAAAUCAUUUCUCAAGCAAAAAAUAGUGUUCCAGAAUAUCCUAAAUGGUUUGAACCAUUUGUCAUUCAAUGGCUAAAUGAAAAUGGUGAUAUAUCCAUGGAAUAUCUUCACAAUGCACUUGAAAAAGAUCGUCAAACAGGAUUUCAAGAAAUAUCUGAGCAUUGUUUAUUUUCUUCAUCUGUUGUUGAUGUUUUUUCUCCAUUGAAUGAAUAUUAUCGAGUUAUUAAAACACUUGAGAUUCAUGAUCCAUUGGUCAUUGCGAAUUAUAUGCAACGUUUUUCUGUUAUUAUAUCUCAAGUGUCACUUGGUUAUGCUAAUGCAAUAUAUCGAACAUUUGAACAGGUUGCAGGUCAAGAUAAUAUUUGUUCGAUUUUAAUGAAUGAUAUUCAACGAUCACGUGUUCAUCUCGAUCAAUUAUAUAAAGUAAUGGGUGGAUCACAAUUAGAUAAUGAAACCAAAUUCAGAUUGAAUGAAUUACAAAAACAAUUAAGUAAUGUUCUCGAUGAAUUAAGUGCCAUGUUUGUCAAAAGUAUUGAACCAACAAUUCGACAAACGAUUGAAGAAGUCAAGAAACAAUUACAACAAAUUAAAGAAAAUCAAAUGAAUUCAGAAAAUAAUAGUGGACAACAGAGAGGAGUCGAAGCCAGUCUGAUUAUGAAAUCAUUAUUGGAUUAUCUCUAUCAAAAAUGGACAGUUUUUGGCAAUCAAUGUGAAAAAACUGUUCGAAAACGGUUGUUAAAAGAAUCGUGGAAAGCCGUGAUUAGUGAUAUUGAAAAAGUGAUUGUUUUACCACCUAUUUCUGAUUCCAACCAUCUAUUAACAAUUUCAUCAACCAAAAGUCAAGAAACUUAUCGACUUUUAUCAGGGGAAUUAGGUCGAGAUAAUGAUCGAAAUUUAACGCAAAACCAAUGUCAAAUCUUAUAUCAUUGUUUGGAAGAUUUAAAAGAAUUUUUUCAAGCAUCAAGUCCAGGUUUAAAGAAAGAUUAUCUAGAAAAAACAACAGAAUUGCAAUCAUUAAAAUAUGUCCUUUCCUUAUACACACAAACAACGGAUUCAUUAAUUAAAACAUUUGUUAAAACAGAAAAAGAACAAAAUCGGCCAGCAUUAGAAGAAUCGUUUGGUGAAGUUUUAAUUGAAGUCGAUCUAUUUACACAUACGGGUAGUGGAGAACAUAAAGUAACUGUCAAAGGUACAAAGAAAAUAGUUUCAAUGCAUUGUUCAUACGUUUUUCUUUUAAAUUUAGUUGUAGCUGCAAAUGGUUUGAAAUGGCGAACCACCAGGAUGUUUUGCCCCUAUGUUGAAUUAGCCAUGUGUGGUCCUCAUCUUAGUGAUAAAAAACAUAAAUAUACUACCAAAAUGAAGAGUAAUACAUGGAUACCGAAAUAUAAUGAAACAUUUCAUUUUCUAUUGGGCAAUGAAGAAGAACCGGAUUGUUAUGAAUUAAAUGUUGCUGUAAAAGAUUAUUCAUUUAUGCGUGAAGAUCGUUUAAUUGGUUUGAAUGUUAUUAAAUUAACACAAGUAUGUGAACAAGAUGCAUGGUCAUCUUGGAUUCCAUUGGGUGCUCGAAUCAAUUUUGAUGAUGCUGGUUUAACUAUUCUAAGAAUCUUAUCACAUCGAACGAAUGAUGAAUUAGCUCGAGAAUUCGUGGCAUUGAAAUCCGCUAGACGACAUAAGGAAGAUGUGUGA